AUGUCUUUUUUUUUUUUACCUUCAACCCGGAUGUUGCUCUUUUCAGUAGCACGUGGAUGAAAACAGAACCUUAGAAAUGGAGUUGAACGCAAAGAAAACAAGUUCCCGGGCUCUACUGUCGUGUGGCAACGGUUCAGGCCUCAGUGAGAAGCUUCUCCUCAGGCCAGGGGCUGGUAGAUCCCUGCAGACAGAGAGAGUGCCAAGAAGCAGUGUGUUGGAGCGGCUGCAGAGCUUCCUGCCACAGAUGGCUGAAGCUAACGAGAAGCUGAAGCGGGAGAUGGAGGAGGCUCCUGCUGGACGCUUUGACAUAGAGAGUGUGGAGGAGGCACAGAGCGUCAUAGAGAUGGAUGUAGCACUGGUGGAGCUCAGCGGGUCAGACAGCAACUCGGACUAUGAACAGGAUUCGUCGAGCUCCGAGGAGGACUCAGAGUCUGAUGACGAGCAGGAGAUCACAGAGCAGAACCUUAAACUACCUGGAGACAAAGGCAAGAAGAAGAAAGCCAACAUUCAGGUUUUGGACCAGAAUGGAGAGUAGAACGAGUAAGGCGUACAGACUUUUGUCUUCAGAUUGAGUUUAUUUUCGCUGUGAGGUGAUGGGGGUAAAGAGACCAAUGACAAAACCUCUGCCUCAGACGGAAUUUUAAACUUCAUGGACUCAGAGACCAUAAACAGAAACCGUCCCAUGCAGAGACAGCCCUGAGUCGCUGCUAUAGGAACAACGGUACACAUUAUUUUGAAUGGAUUGAGGUCGUAACUGAUAUUGGGAUUCCCUCAUCUUGAAUGCCCAUCAGCUGACCAUGUGACCUCUCAUUCUACAUGGCGUGUUUCAGCCGUGGAUAGCCUUGUUUUGGCAGCAACAAACUAUUUGCGCUUUAAUGAGGCACACUUGAGAGUUUCUGGAGGACAAAGGGUCACGAUGCAACAAAAAGCAAGACUGCUCCAUCCGUAUUUAUUCAUUCUUAAAUUAGUUAGGUCCACCAUACUGGGUAGUAACCCUCUUUGUCCCCCCAGAGCAACUUGAAUUCUGAGUGUCAUGGACUCAAUAAGGUUCUGGAAACAUUCCUCAGAGGUCUCUGCUCCACAUUUACAAGAGAGCAUCACACCGUGGCUGCAGCAACGAGAUGAUUGGAUCACAGAGGUCAUGGAAAAAUCAGGGUGGUCAGGGUGUCCCAGUGUUGGCUAGGAUUGGCUCCAGCGCCCAACCCCCCCAGAUUUUGGGCUGAAUUUAGACUGAAUGCAAGAUAUUUGCAGGUUCUGGUUUUCAUGCGGUCCAGUGCUGAGAGUAUCGCAUGGUGACAGCAGCGAGCAAUGAUUGGCUGGCAGAGGUCACUGGAAAAAUCUGAUUGGAAGUUAGUCCUCCGAAUUGAACUUUCAUUAAUCGUCAUCCCUUUGUUUAUAUGAGUCACCAUAGAUGAUGUGUAGACAUGUAUGUUGACAAUGCAGACUUGUUGAUGCAGAAUUCCUGUGCUCCUGCAGAGGGGGAAAUAAAUGCUUUAGAAAUGGGUCUUGAUUUAUGUAUUUCCACUUUAUAGUGCUUUUUCUGAACCAGAAAGUCACUAGUUUAUUUUAUUUUUCAACUCACUGAAUUGCUAUCUAUGAGGACUAAAAUCAGUUUUUAAUCUCGUAAAUUUUUAACAUCGUAGUGAGGACAUUUCUGGCCUAAGAGGACAUUCUGACAGCAAACAAUGGCAAAAGAGACAUUAACUAUUCAUGACAUUUAAUAAACAGCACUUAAUGAAGCAACCUGGGCACUUGUAUCCUCAGAUGGGGAUGCUUCAUUUAAUGGUAGAAAAAAAAGUAAAACUACACAUGGCUGCUUUCUUAACCAGAAUUUUAGAAGAAAAAGUGCUCACAGAGCUAAAUGAGUUUUACUUAUUAAAUUAAAGGGCCAGUUCACUCAGCAACACUUUCCCUUAUACUUGUCCAGGUUUAGAGAUAUGUACAUUUGGCAUUUAUGCUCCCACCCCAGCGCAAUCGAGGUGAGUGGAAUGCAGUUCAUGGUUGUAACAGCACUGAAAACAGUACAUUUAAAAUUCAACAGAAACACCUCUUAAAAGAAACAGUGUCCACACUAUUCAGAAUAACCCACAGAUCUCAGUUUGAACCAUUUUCAUAGUGAAGUUUAUUAGAAUUGUUCAACUGUUGUGUUUCCUGGUAUCCAGACAGGGAAAGCUGCAUUGCUGUUGAGCUUUGUAAAUGCCAUUUUUUCACUGUUGUCCUACUUUGUGAAAAAUGCUACUAACUAGAAAUAACCAGUAAUUCCAUACAAUGGAGGUGAUCAUUUGGAUGAACUAACUCUUUAAAGAGAGACUGUGUAAUGUUUAAAAUAAGAUGUACCAACUUGUUCCUCUUGCUAACAGAAGCUUAAUUCAUAAGGAAUAAAACACCACCUUGUUUAUUGGUCAUUACAUUCAGUAGUUUUGCUGCUACAGCAUUACUCGAUCUGACUAGCUUAUGGUGGUUAGUGCUGGCUAAAGUUGACAAAUGUUAGCUUUUAAUGCCAAUAAACAUUUUUAAUGAGAAUAGUGGCAGAUUUACCUCAGAGUCACUAACAUUACCCUAAGGCUGGCCUCCACACAGUGUAGCUUGUAAACGUGACUUUUUUGAACAAAAACUUUAAGCCAACAAGCUAACAUGGUUAAGGAAGAAUACUAUGCUAGUUAGCUGGAUAUGCUUACAGUGGCAGCUGGCUUUACAGCAAAUAGCAGCAAAAGUCAAACUCAUUUUUAUCAUGGUUGGCAGUACAGCCUCUUUUUCUUCAAGUCUUUGUAUGCGUGAAACCUAAGUACACAGUGGAAAGUUACACUACUGUGUA